GUGCAGUGGAGACGAGGGAAGCAUGACGUGAAGUGACUCUGAAGUGAAGAGGUUGGAGCAAUCAGCACAGGGCACAAAAUGAAAGUGAGAUGGUUAUGCUUGGAGUAUGGUUAAUACCCGCAGAUUUUGCACAGCAGUUGAAGAUGGGGAUCCAGAGACGGGCAUCCUGUGGGCCAGGGUGCGAGCUGAGCAGGUCCUUCUGGGGGAUUCCUGGACUCGGAGUCAGUUCCCCCUCUCACCCCUACCCCAUCUGUGGCAGUGGUGCCCUCGUGGGCUCUACCGUGCAGCUGGGGGGAUAGGAGAAGAUGAAUGGUGGCUGGAGAGCCAUCAGGUGGUCUCUGGUGUCCCAGAGAUACUUCUCCGCCAACUACACAGAUGAGGCCAUAGCAAACACCUGAAGCUGGCAGCACUUCUUGGGAGCAGGCCUGGUUCGAGAGUUUAAAAUAUAUAUACUUUCUAACUUUUUUCUUUCUCUCAUUUUUUUUUAAACAAGGCAACAUGAACAAGGAUAAAAGGAAGAUGCAUUUUUUAAAAAAAUGUUCAGUAAUGCAGUAUUAAUAUAAACCUGUUGUGUUAUGAAAUGUUUAUUAAAAAUAUAACAGGACCUUCCUACAA